AUGGCACUAUCAUCGAAAGUACGCGGUACAAUCGUUGCGGUGCUUGUAUUUAUCUUCGGAAUCAUCCAUCUCGGUCUUGGUAUUGGAAUUGCUCGAGAUUAUAGUCGUUAUAAAGAUAUAUUUCGGCAAUCCGUAGCAUUGGCAAUCUACGAUCUUGUUAUUGGUAUCUUUGGAACUAUUGUUGGAAUUUUGAGUAUAGUCAUUAUUACUACACAACGACUAAAUCUAUAUCGUCCUGCAGCUAUCUGUUCACUUGUGCUAGGCGUUCUCACAUUAGGAUCACUAAUCGCUGCACUCGCUCUUAAUUCUCAAGCGAUUGACUAUGUUCGAUCACGCUUAACAUAUCGUAUGAGGUCAUUUACUUCAACUGCUGAUUCGAUUUCUGUGGUGAACGAUAUACAAACAAGGUAUAAAUGUUGUGGUGAAAAUCUAUGGCUUGACUGGGCGCAAGUAGUAUUGAAUCCUGCAAGUACAAAUGCAACUGGCGCAGUUUCAAGUCCAGAUUCAAGCAACACAAUAAUUACUUCAGGAUCUGGGUCUACUAAUAGCCUCUCAAACUUAGACUCCGGAAUCUUUGGUAGCUCAUCACGCUCAAGAGCUGGCAACAGACGUCGUCGUCAGGACUGGCAUCGAGGAUCCAAGAUUUUACAGCAACCUGUGCGUCGAAAGCGGGACAUUUCUGUAUCAAACAGCAACAAUAAUAUAUAUAAUUUACCCUCGACUUAUUCUAUCUAUCUGCCAUUGUCAUGCUGCACGGGUGGAGGCAUAUCUAGUGGAAAUAGUCUUGGAGGAGUUUGUACAUUCAAUGCUGGUAAUGGUUCAAGAAAUUUCUAUGUACGUGAAUGUUUGGAACCCAUUUCUAAUACUGUUGUUUCGCAAAUAACGGGCAUGGCUGUUAUAAACGUUUGCUUGGCAAUACUCGCAUUUGUAUUUGUUCUGGUUUUAAUACAUAUGUUUCCAUCGGAAAAUCAAGCACAAGACAAAAAUGGUUUGUACGAUGGAACACAACAAGCACAAUAUCAACAAGCGCAAAGUAGCGGAUCUGCUAUGAAUCUUGCUGCACCAAGCCCUUAUUAUAAUUAUUCAGCAUCUUCAUAUGUAUCUCCAACCCACAAUUAUUCAAACUAUACUACUCCAACUUAUACAGUUUACCAGUAA